AUGGAUCAACUAAUCACUUAUCACAACCUUGACAACAACUAUAAAGAAGAAGACGAGCAAUUCUUUACAAGCGCCCUAAACGAAUCCGUCAAUGGUGUCCAACUAGUUACACUCCUAGAAGACAACGCUGUAUUCCAUCAAUUCACGAAACACGACCCCAACAACCUUAAUAACGACUCCACAAUAUUCGAUUUAGAAAAGGAUAUUCGGACCCCAAUCGGACCAAUUACCUUCCACGUAGUACCAGCAAGAACUCCUUUUCUACUAUACCUAGCCGAUAUAGAUCGGCUGGGUGUAAGGCUUAAUAAUCUCAAAAACGAAAUUGUACAGGGAUACAAUUGGAUCCCUAUCGUACGCAAAUGGGCAGCUGCGCAUCUCACGAAAACUAAACUACAGCAACUCUACAGACGUUUUAGGCACCCAUUAAUCAAAAAGCUUGAGAACUUGCUUAAUCGAGCACUGCUAGAAGAAACAAUUGAUAGAGAUAUGCUAAAUAUCCAAUUCCGCUCCGAAGAGUUCAAUUUCAACUGCGAGGUUAUCAUCGAUAUCCUAUACCUAGGUGGCCAAGCUGCUAUACACGCUAUAGAUUCAGCUAUAAGCUUCCAAUAUGACGCUGGAAAGAAUUUCACCUCUUUAGAGUUUCGCGCGAAGGCUUCCUUGAUAGCAAUUGAGAUAAAAGAGGUACUAGUAGAGGCACACAAUAGUGUAGAAAAGUCCGAAUGCGCUCCGAACAUGACCAUAGAAAACGCCCUACAGGCUGUAGUGAAGGCAGUAAACGAUACGGCUGGCCCUGAUGGAUUAGUACCUACUCUGCUUGUAUUUGGAGCAUAUCUACAAAUAACAGAAACGUCACCUCCAUCCCCUAAUAUCUACACAAGAGCGGAAGCAAUCCGGAAAGCUAUGCAGGAGAUUAAAAGAAUACACGCUAAGACACAAGUCUCACUAGUAUUAGCAACCCAAAACGGACCCGAUACAACUCCAAUCAAGGAACUAGCCUUACAAAGUAUAAAAGGGGAAACGUGCAUUGUCAACACACUGCAAGGACCUGUUCCAUUUAAAUCAAUAGUUACUCCGAAACAGAUCCGAACCCAACUGGACUCCAGAAGACGUCACCAGAUCCACCCAGACCCGAGGAAUCUAGCCAAAACUCGAACACAGUUGGAGCACAACCAGCACAGAGGAAACAAGGAAGACUAA